AUGCCACAUGGUAUUGUAGGUUCCCACAUGGCCACCGACCCCAUUCUCUGCUAUUAUCUUGGUAUAGGCGUCCAUUGCAUCGACAGGCUCAUCCUUAGACGCCAGCACAAUGUGGGGAAUAGUGUUCAGUCCAGCAAUGCCCUCGAAAGAUUGGAAACCACCCAAGACAUCCCUGAUAUCGAAAGCACUCCUAAGACAAAAGAUGCCCCUCCACCAGACACUCCCUACAGCGUCCUUUCUGAACGACAGAAGAUCUGUCUCAUGAUCUUCGCCUCAUUCGCAGGCGUGAUAUCUCCUCUAUCGAGCUCGAUCUACUUCCCAGCCCUUACCUCCUUGGCCGACGCCAUGCAUGUUUCCACCACUCGCAUCAACCUCACCGUCACGAUGUAUCUGAUUUUCCAAGGCAUUGCUCCCUCGUUCACUGGCGCGUUCUCCGACACCCACGGUCGUCGUCCCGCCUACCUGAUCUGUUUUGUGCUCUACCUAGGGGCUAACAUCGGCCUGGCCUUACAAAAUAACUACACAGCAUUAAUGAUCCUGCGGUGCCUACAAGCCUGUGGUAGUAGCGGAACGAUCGCCCUGGGAAGUGCCGUGGUGGCCGAUGUGUCCACUCGCGCUGAGCGAGGCAAAUAUAUCGGCUAUGCUAGCCUGGGAGUGACCCUGGGCCCGGCUCUAGGGCCAGUGAUUGGGGGUCUGAUCGACCAUUUCCUGGGAUGGCGCUGGAUCUUCUGGUUUCUAGUCAUUGUCUCCGCCGUCUUCCUCGUUCUCAUCGCCCUGGCCUUCCCCGAGACCUGCCGCGCCGUCGUAGGGAAUGGAUCCAUCCCUGCAGCCCGCUGGAAUCGACCCCUCCUACAUAUCCUCGAGCCCACCAUCACAGCUCCCACUACCGCUACUUCGACCCCAAUGCAGCCGAAGAACAAACACCCUCUCAAUCCAUUCCUCUCCGCCCGUCUAGCCGCCGACAAAGAAAACGCCCUCAUUCUCAUCUAUGGCGCCCUUCUAUACGCCGGCAUCGCCGCCGUGCUGACCACCCUCUCCACCGAACUGACAACGCGCUACCACUUCAACGCCAUACAAGUCGGCCUCUGCUACCUGCCCAUGGGAGUGGGCAGCCUCACUUCACGCUGGACCGUGGGACUACUCCUGGACCGGGCCUUCCGACGCGCAGCUCACCGCAGCAACCUGCCGAUCAUCAAAAACCAGCAACAGGACAUCGCGGCCUUCGAUAUCGAGCGCGCCCGGCUGAUAGUCACCAUCCCGCUGGUCUACGCCGCCGCCGUGGGCUUCGUCGCUUACGGCUGGGUGUUGCGGUACCGGGUCUCGCUCGCGGGGCCGAUGAUCACCCUGUUCGUGGGCAGUCAUCUCCUCACGGGCGCGUUCACCGCGGUGAACACCCUGAUGGUCGAUGUGAAUCGGCGGAGUCCCGCCACGGCGGUCGCGGCGAAUAAUCUCUUUCGGUGCUUGCUGGGGGCCGGGGCGACGGCGAUCGCGGCGCCACUGAUUGGGAGGAUCGGUAUUGGGUGGACGGCGACGCUGAUGGCCGCGCUGUGGGUGGUCGCCAGUCCGUGUAUUUGGAUGGUCUAUUUUUGGGGGUUUAAGUGGAGGAGGGAUUUGCUGGGCAAGGAGGUGCAACAGGGCUAA